AUGAGACAAACUUUUUCGAGCGACUGCCAGAAUGUCAAGACGGCAUCAACAAAGCGGUGUAUUGGUCGCUGCUUCCAGGCCGACUUUUUCCAUCUUGCUACUGGCAGGAAGAACCACAGAAGGAGCAUCAGCGCGUACAAGCCCAGCACAAUCGGAUGCAGCACCCAUCUCCCAACAGGGCUGUUCAGGUUUCCGAUGACAAAAGGCACGACCGCCCCGCCGGUCAUGCCAAAGGCAGAAAUGACGCCCAUCGCGGCCGCUUUGGCUUCCUUAUCCACCCUACCAAACGGUGGCCUCCGUAUCUCAUUCUCGUCGAGCAUUUUCAUCACAACCCUCAUCGCGCAGGGAUAUCCGGGGCCGAUGAAGAACCCAACAAAUGCUACCGACAAACCGCUUGCAACAAUGCCGCCCUUUAACAACCAUAUCAACAGCUGAAAGCCUGUGCAGAGCAGGAUCAGAAAGUACACAAACACCUUGUUUCCCCCGGGCCAGAACUCCCCCAGCGGUGUCAACACCACCCGUCCCAGCGUCACGCCGCCCCAGAAUCCGGUCAUGGUGUACCCGUAUGUGUCCAUCUUUUCCUGCGAGGCGGGGUGGCGGUGGUGGAGAUACUCAGUUAUCCAACCUGCGUUUGAGACCUCGGCGCCCUGGUAGCAGAAGAUAAACAAGGCGGCGAAAACAACGAGCUUGGUGUCAGCUGGGAGGUGGGACCUGAGCCAUUCUCCUGGGUUCGGUCUCAUCGCUUCCGUCACCACUGGCACGGCAUUGCCUUCCUCCAUUGUGCCCGCCGCGGGAGGCGCAACAACGGGGUGCUCCUUAAACGCCCAAAACAACAACAUCGAGUUGAUGAGACUCAGACACAGCGGAAUGCUGUAAAAUUGGCCGUAUUCCAACCCCGUCUGCACAAUCAUUCUCGUGGCGAUGAGCGGUCCGAUUGUGGCGCCUAGGCCGUAGCAGGCGUGCAUUACCCCGAGGUAAAAGGCUGCUUUCCUUCGAAGUGAGCCGCAGUAGACGUUGCCGAUGGCGAGGUUGAAGCUGUUUCCGAAACCGAGAGGGAGGAAGGUUAUUACUAUUGCGGGGAGGGGAGCUGAGCAGGAGAAGGGGAGGUAGGAGAGGAAGACUAGGAUGUUGGCCGAUAGGAGGGUGAUGUUGUCGUGGUUGAGGAAGGGUUUGAGGGAGCGGAGGGGGGAGAUGAGGGCUGCGCCGAGGAUGAAGCCUACUGCUUGGGCGACCCAGAGGAGGGAGAUGAGUUUGUCGUCGGGGAGGGAGUGGAAGUGCUUCAUUGGUUCGAUCAGGGGGCCGACGGAGGCGUCGGUUAGGCCUGCGGUUAGGGAGGCGAGGGAGAGGGCGGCUAUGCGGUAGUGGUUUACGUCUGGGUUGAUCAGGGGCGUUGGGUUGGUGGGGGUGGUGGUGAUGAUGGGGGUUUGUUUCUCGAGGUCGUCGUUGUUUGGGGAGGUGAGGUUGGCUGUGGAGAUUUGGGAAGCAUCGGGGGUUGGCGCUGGGGUGAUGUCGUCGAGGGCAGCAGGAGCCAGAGGGCCCGGCGGCUGCUGGCCGGUGUUGGCCAUGGCUGCGGCUGUUGCGUUGUCGGCCAUGAUGUCAAACGUGCUACCUCUGCGCAGAGGUGAUGGUGUUGAGGGCGAGCAUGCGGUCAAGAGGCUUUUCUUUGAACGUGGCACAGAUACGGACCGACUAACACAUUAACUUUGAUGAGGCUGAAGUUAACUCCCAACAUCAACGGCCCGGAUGGUAUAUUCAAGGUUGCACCGAUGGAUCCCAUCCAGACACGAGAAGCAUUCUAACAAUGGUAAGUGGGUAGGAUUGAGGGAUGCUGCCGGCUUUUGUACUCUGCUACGGAUACCAUCGUAUCUGCCGUGUGGCCCACUCACACACGCAUUCACUGGCAGCACUCCUCAUCGCUUUGCAAACGAAGGACGAGAAUUGGGGCGCGAGUAUCGAGACAGUGGUCCAGGGUCGCACCGAAAGGGAAACUCCGCGCGUCAGGGAAAAAGUUACAAGCCUGCAAUUGACCCCCACCCACCCACUUUCUGUCAGUGGCUCGACGAACGACAGCGAAGACAGUUGCGCCGCCCAAUCGACGACAGGGAACACUUGCGGUGGAGCUCCAUCCUGGACGUGGCAUACGGGCCGAAUGAAGCGGGCGUCGCUCCGCCCACUGGUGGAGAGUUGAAGGGAAAGGCCGAGAUCUGCCAGACGCCCUGUCGCGGUGUCAAGGUUUCACCAGGAGCCGCUCUGGAAGGCUGCGGGGCUUCCUGUUCAGUUGAAGCUUACGAAUGCCAAUGUUUUUUUGGCGUCAGGGUUGGGGUUGGCGGUAGCCGACAGGGACGAACCUGACCCCCAUUUAACCCCUGUCACACGGUUCACGGCAUAGAACAUCACUAAUUCUUGCAACCACAAGUCAACCAACAAAUCCUUCUUCAGCCCUAUCAGACUUCAAUGUUUGAGACACGGGUUCAAAGUCUAGGUCAUUUUGCCCCCUCGCUAACCUCAACUUGUGGACCAGUCCCAAGACCUCCAGACUCUCUUAGCCCCGGUCAAUAAUGUGUCAAAGUGCUUGGCUGAGGGAGCCACAUGGUAAUUGCUCGUUCAAACUCCAUGAUGCGCCCAGAGAACAACUUUUGUCUAUCCAUAUCACCCCAAGUCUUUCCCAAUGUAAACAAUUAUCUAUCCAUCACCACCACCACCACCACCACCAACUAUCGCUCCCCUCAAACAACAACAACCCUUAAUUGUCGCCCAAAAACCCCAAAACUCUCCAACACCCCCUCCACAUCGACCUCCAGCCCCUCGAGUUGCUCUUCCGUAACCCAGUUGUCAUCACAGGCGAUAACCGUGAUGUCUCCCGACAUGUCCGGUAUAAUCGCCGGCCGCAGUCCAAAACAGGAAAGUCCGCUUCGAAGGACUGCGGACUUGAUGGCUUCCGGGAGACGGCUGUGGACCCAGAGCCAGACGAAGCGGUGGGUUAUUUGGAGGUUGUUGUCGGACUUGAAGUCGGCGAGGCGGCGGAGUUCCCUGUUGUGGGGGAAGCGGUGGUAGUCGAAGGGGGAGGGUUCGGAGAGGGGGGAGAGGCAAUAGUAGGACAUUGUGGUAGGUUUGAUGAUGACGUAGGUUCUCUGAGAGAGAUGCUGGGGUGAGAACUUUCGAAAAAGUUAUCCUGAGGGAGAGUGAGAGAUCUUGCAGGAGGACAAGCUGGUGAGAGAGGGUGGGUGGGUAUGGCUGCAAAGAGCAAAAGAGGGAACUCUGACAAGUCGUCAGCCAAAGUGGGAGUCUGUACUUGUCAUUUUGUUUGCUGGAAAGAUGUAUAUCAACACUGUGUGGUGGUGUGAGUCUCGAUGUUUGCUCCGCAUGUAGCCGUUUGACAGCUGGUAAGGCAGCUUUCACGUCAUGUAAUCUAAACUUUUCAAACAUGCUCGAGUCACCAGCAUAGCAUAUUUUUCCAGGUCACGACUCUUUCAAAUUUCCUUUUGUCAAAAUGAGUAUC